UUAAUGACUAAAUGAUGAGGUUGGAGGACUCGUCGGAGAUAUUUUGGUUACCUAUUUUAGGAAUGACGAGUCCAGCUCUUUAUUCCUUUAUUGUCGUGUACGAUAUUGCCCUUUUGUUAGUUGAUAACGUAGCGAACGCCAAUAAAGAUCAUCAACCCGAGGUUGCUUUACUAUUGCUCCGCUGAUCCGAAAUCGCUAUUAAUUAACGUGAAGCCGGGAAACGCAUCCCCGGCGCCGGCUCGUCCCGUAGUUGGUGUAAUAAGUAGUAGUAUAGCUUUCCGGCAUGGACAAACUUCCGAUCGACUCGGAGAAGCCCGAGGAGACCGAUUCCCAACCGGGCACCGGAUCGGUCAGCAGAGAAGAGUCUAUCGCGGAGCCUGACAUAUCUCGUGUACGCUCAUCUGUCGUCCGUGUACGAUCAAAUAACGGACAUGGGUGUGCCGAUUUAGAAGAAGGCGACGCGACUGAUGGCACAAUCACACCUGCCCAGCGUCAGAUUGAAAAGGAUCCCUUCGAGGUAUCCUGGGACGGCGACGAUGAUCCCUUGUGUCCUCGAAGCAUGCCUACUGCUCGAAAAUGGCUUGCUGUAAUAACUGUUGGCAUGGGAAGUCUUUGCGUCACAUGUACGAGUUCUAUUUACGCGUCAACGUAUAGUCAGAUGAAUCCAGAGUUCCACGUGUCGAGUAUUGUUGGCACUCUUGGGCUAUCGCUUUUCGUCCUCGGUAUUGCCCUUGGGCCCCUUCUCAUGAGCCCAAUGAGUGAGUUCAUCGGAAGGCGGCCGAUCUAUAUUGCCUCGUGGGCCAUGUUUCUGAUAUGGUUAAUACCAAGUGCCGUGGCGCGUAACAUCGCGACCAUGCUAGUGGCGCGAUUUAUCGACGGUUUCGCCGGAAGUUCAUUCCUCAGCGUCGCUGGUGGUACAGUCAGCGAUAUAUUCAGGCGAGACCAGAUCCAGGCGCCAAUGGUUAUAGUAUCUUUAAGCCCCUUUAUCGGUCCUAGCUUGGGUCCUCUACUCGGUGGAUUUAUCAACUACUACACAAAUUGGAGGUGGACGUACUACGCGCUGAUCAUCUGGGCUUUCCUUGAGUUAGUCAUGAUUGUCAUUUUCGCACCAGAGACAUACCAUCCCAUCAGGCUCCGCGAGAAAGCUAGAAAACUAAGAAAAGAGACCGGCGAUGACCGAUGGAAGUCACCGAUGGAGAAAUCGACCAAGUCUGUAGUAGUGACUAUUGGAUAUUCCCUCCUGCGACCAUUUGAGUUGCUGAUAUUCGAGCCAAUGUGUCUAUUGCUCUGCCUAUUCUCUGCCAUCUUGUUAGGAGUCUUAUACCUGUUCUUCGGGGCGUUUCCCCUAGUCUUUGGUAAUACCUACGGUUUCAACCUUUGGCAAACCGGUCUGAGUUUCCUCGGAAUCUUUGUGGGAAUGAUCAUUGCCGCUGCAACUGACCCCAUAUGGCGGCGCAUUAAUCAGCGGCUUUUGGACCAAAAUGACGGUAUUCCCGAACCUGAAUUCCGACUGCCAUCAGCAAUUGCAGGUGCCGUCCUGGUUCCUAUUGGGCUUUUCAUAUUUGCUUGGACCGCAUAUGCUUGGGUUCAUUGGAUAGGACCUAUCAUUGGGUCUGCUAUAUUUGGCUCUGGCACACUUUUGGUGUUUACCGGAGUAUUUACCUUCCUAGUGGAUGCAUACCCACACUACGCUGCUUCGGCUCUUGCUGCCAACAGCUUUGCUAGGUGUACUUUUGCUGCCGCGUUUCCCCUUUUCGGAAUACAGAUGUAUAAUAAACUUGGCUACCAAUGGGGAUCCAGCUUGUUAGCAUUCCUUACGGUAGCGAUGAUGCCUUUCCCGUAUCUGUUCUUCCGAUAUGGAAAGCAAAUCCGAAAGAAGAGCAGAUUUGCUAAUUAAGAGAUGGAUAUGUAU